ACAAGAGUCCGCGUACUGUACCCCCGCGCGUACUUCAACCCCCCUGUGUAUGACAGUGUGAGCCGGUAUACCUCUCUCUCUCUCUCUUCCCUUUUUCCCUUCGAAAGCCAGUGUCGCACCGAGUUAAUUCCCGAGUGCUUCGCGGGACACGAAGAAUCUGGUGACUUCGUCGCUCGGUGGAUCGUUUCGUUUUCUCGAGCCUCCAUCCUUAACGGGACACCCUGGUGAAACCCGAAGUGAAGUGAAUCCGAAGUAGAGCGUGGGAUCGAUUUUACAAUUUUUUUGCAGAAAGAAGAGAGAAAAAAAAGUGCUCGGAGAGAUCGUGAUUAUCGGUUAUCGUCGACACGACGGGGUGCGCGCGAUUUUUGUUGACUGUGAUUACGCGUGGAAGCGACGCUCAAACUGACGAUCGAGAUGCGGGACCGCGGGUCUCUGGGGUCCGUCGCAUCCACGCUUAUAUACUGAUAGAUCUCGACUAGGUGAGUGCCUGGAUCCUCUUGUGCAAUACUGGACGUGGUGUCGGCUCCGCUCGGCUCGGUGAACGUGAACGUACUUUGAAUUACUUCGACAUCAAGGUAACACAGAUGCGAAUGCAUCUUGGAACCGAGAGGCGCAGCCGUCGCUGCCGGUAUCACCUACGUCUCGUCUGAGAGUGCCGCCCGAUUCCGGAAGCCAGGAGGAGGCCGGAAAACGCGGAAGAGGCCUAGGGUAGGCUAAGGCGGCACGCAAGAUGAUGUACUCGCCGGACAAGAUGAUGGGAAGCAAGGGACUCCACGGGGCACCCAUCACCGCCCCGGGAUGCUUUCCCUCGGGGAGAUACUCGCCGCCACCUUAUCGCGCCGCGCCGGAUCCGAUGCCGCCGCCACCGAGACGAUGUAUGCCGAACCCUACGAGUCGUAUAUUGGAAGAUGCAUCCAUUAUGUGCAAUUCUUGGUCACCGAGGCAUAAUGGUGAUUUGUUUGGUGGCUUGAAUAGCGGUUUGCAAGACGGCUUACUUUCAAGAGCAGAGGCUUUGGCAGCAGAUUUGGGGAAGCACAACGCCGGGACGCCGAUGCCACUGAAGCACGAUCCCGUGUCUGUGUAUCAUCACGGAGCACACAUGCCCACCCCCCAUCCAAAUAACCGGCCACAUCAUCAGGUACAAUCACACCUCCUUAUGAGCCAUCCGGGGAUGGAAAGCCUCGACAUGUUGGACCCAGCAAACUCGAUGACGACACUAACGCCGAUGUCCGAGAGCACGGGCGGCGGACCUGGCCACCACGCGGGCAUCCACGGUCCAUCCGUGUACGGCGGCAUGAAUGGUAUGAUGAGCCAUCACCAUCAUCACGGUAAUCUUGGCGGUGGUGGUGGGAGCGUGCCACAUCCGGCGCAUCAUCAUCCGGCGAUGGCAGCCGCGGCCGCGGCGGCGGCGGCGGCGGGUCUUCAUCCCGACGCCGAUACCGAUCCGCGCGAGUUGGAGGCCUUCGCCGAGAGAUUCAAGCAACGACGCAUCAAGCUCGGUGUCACGCAGGCCGACGUCGGCAAGGCACUCGCCAAUCUUAAGCUCCCGGGUGUCGGCGCCCUCUCGCAAUCGACGAUCUGUCGCUUCGAGUCGCUCACGCUCUCGCACAACAACAUGAUCGCCCUGAAGCCGAUCCUCCAGGCCUGGCUCGAGGAGGCGGAGGCGCAGGCGAAGAACAAACGACGCGAUCCCGACGCGCCCUCGGUACUGCCGGCAGGCGAGAAGAAGCGGAAACGCACCAGCAUCGCCGCGCCCGAGAAACGCUCGCUCGAGGCGUACUUUGCGGUGCAACCGCGACCCUCGGGCGAGAAGAUAGCGGCGAUCGCGGAGAAGCUCGAUCUUAAGAAGAACGUCGUCCGUGUCUGGUUCUGCAACCAGCGACAGAAGCAGAAGCGCAUGAAGUUCGCGGCUCAACAUUGACCCGAGGGUGGCUUGUGACAGCAGAACUGACCCUACCAGCUGCCUGGUCUCGAGCCGAAACCCGAACCCCUGACCGAGUUUCAGGGAUGGCCGUGAGACGCUCCGGAAUCGUCGGAGGCUUCGGAGCUUCCCUUGGACACCGUUGGUGAACGACACUCGAGCGACGAGAUUCCGAGUCAUCGUCGUCGGGCGAACAUCAUCGGGGAUAUCCAUUCGCGGGACGUCUUUCGCGGCCACGCGAAACAAACGAUCGCUCGAUAUCAUGGGCAGAUACUAUCGGUACAUCGUGCUGUCACAGGCUGAGAAUGAGUCGCUUGUUAUCACUGCGCGUGUGUAAUAUGCAUGUAACGCAUAUUCUGGAAUCACCGGUUGCAGGGAGCUAUUCUUGACCCGUCGGUUCGCGAUUCUCUUUCUCUCGAUCUCUCUUUCUCUCAACCUGAAUUAUACGAUUACGUCUCAUCGCGUUGUGUCAUGUUAGAGAGAUAUACAACCGGCGCAGGCAUAUAACUUAAUGCUGGUGAAGUGUUUACGAACAUUUCGCGAUCAACGAUAUCAUCGGACUGUGAUCCCAUAAGUAUAAAUCCAUAUCAGACUGUUUCUUCGAUCCGGAAAUUGAAGGCAGAGUUGACGCUAAACGACGAUUUCGUAUGCAGGAUGUUUCACUUUUAAUAGAUAAGCCGUAACUAGAGAUUGAGCUUGCAACAAAUUUCUAAUUAAUUUUCCUUAAUAGAUUUUAUACACGUUGUAUUUCAAAGCCGAGAUUCAUAUGCAAAUCCGAGCACGUCGAUGCGUCUCUUUAUUUCAAGCGAAAAUACGCGAGAACAAUUUUUGUUCGUAAUAAAACAAGGCGCGAAUCACGCAUCUGCGAAUAAUAUACGAAUAAUACCUAGAGAGAACACCGAUCGUUGCAAUAAUGCAUGAUGCUUUCAACAAUACGAUUUUUGGAAAAUGAGGGAGAUGCGUUGGGAAUAUAUCAGCUCUUUCUUAUAUUUUCAUUUGCGUUAACAGGAAGCGUUAUGGCAACGAA